AUGUCUUUAUCCGCCUCUGACAACAACGGCUCCUAUUCCAGGGCUCCUCCCAGUGGGAAGACGCCACCCCCAGCUCCCUCAGCGGCCUAUGCAAAGAGAGCAAGGGAAAUACAGGCCCAGGAUAUGGGUGGUCGCUACCGACCACCUGCGCUGCGGGCCUUGGCAUCCGGCGGUUCUCCACCCAACGAAGGCCAGCCUUCCGUCACGAAUUCCGGGGACGGCGCAACUCUGCCACCCACGAACUACCCUCCUGGGUUUAGAAGGGCAAGGGCUGGCACCUUACCUUCGAACGUUCAACUUGCUGCCCAGCGAUAUGCCGCCUCGACUACCUUGGGAAGUACCCCAUCCACCGACUCCCUCGUAGAGCAGCAUCAAAGACAAUCCACCGUCACACCGACUGCCACCCUUCCUGGGCUCACUGCCAGGCCUUCCCUUCGCCAUUCCACGACAGCCGUCGCGCCACCGGCUGCUGCACCUUCAGUGCCCGAAAGGAAUAGCCGACUGAGGUCAGGUUCUCUUACGUUGCCCUCAGGCGGUCUUUCCAACGCGUUCGGACCCUCGAUCUUCUCUUCAUCGUGGUUAUCCAACACCAAUGGUGCCGCUGCCGGCUUCUCAGUCCUCGACGAAUUGCGCUCCGUCACUUCCGACUCAGGGGCGGAGGAUUUCGACGUUCAUACAUUGGAUUAUCUCGGUUUGGACGACACCCUGAGGCCUCCUCCUGCAGCCACUAUCUCUGAGCUUCGCAAUCAAGCUCAGGCCGCGAUUGCAGGAAAUCUCGCUAACCCCGCACGGAUGCGUGCCAGCACCGUGUCCAACCCAUAUCGUACCCGUCCUUCGGUUUCAGGUUCAUUGCUUUCGACCCCAGCUGCAGAGGAAGAGGACGAGUAUUUUGCCGAAAGUUACGACACCCUCAGCUACGACCGCCAGCACCUCAGUCCCUAUGACCUUGGCCUCCAAGGAGAAUUCGGACAAUCAUCGUAUCUCUCCAAAGGCUUUAAGAGCACAGAUCACCUUGCGACAAACCGGCCCCGUGCGAUCUCCGUUGGCAUACUUGACGACCCCAUGCGCUCUCUUCAGAGACGUGCAACGACGAGCGAUACCCACUCUUACCUCAACGAGCUUUCCCACUCCAGUGCUAAUAUCUCACUUUCUAAUAACCUCAACCCCUCUGGUAUAUUGAAGACGGAUAAAUUCGGGCCUCCUCGCGCUGGCAUUUCUCCGAGCGUUCAUUUCCCGACCAACGGUGCCGACCUUCCGAUAGGACGGGGUGCCUCAGCGUAUCUCCUCGCCCCCAACAAUCAGAACCGGUCGGUAUCCCCAAAAUCAGAAGGACCAUCUACGCAGCUGCAAACUCCCACACGUUCCUUGUGGAUUGGAAAUUUGGAUAGCGCCGUCUCAAGCGAACAACUCAUACAUGUGUUUGCUCCAUAUGGUGCCAUCGAGAGCCUGAGGCUGCUUCCUGAGAAGGAAUGUGGCUUCGUAAACUUCGUCGACCAAGCGGACGCCAUUCGUGCGAAAGACGAUGUCCUCAACCGCCUGGGAGGCAAUAUCGGCAUGCCCAAUGGCCAGACCGUUAGAAUUGGCUUCGGGAAGGCUGACAGUGCUCCUGUUGCUCCUGCGAAGGGUAGCUCUGCCAGUUCUGGGCCCACUGCUCCUAGUGCGGCCGGCAGCAAGUCCUCUGGCAAUAAUGCGGGCCUCGGAGGAAUGGACGCGCAGCUCCAAUCCACACCUACACGCGCUCUCUGGAUUGGCUCUAUCCCAUCCUCCACUACCCCCGCUACUAUUCUCAGCGUUUUUAGCCCAUACGGCCCGAUUGAGUCUGCUCGUGUUUUGACUCACAAGAACUGCGGUUUCAUUAACUUUGAGCGACUUGACGAUGCCGUUCGUGCUCGCAAGGCCCUCAAUGGCCGUGAUGUCCUUGGCAGCGACGUUGGAGCCAUCCGAAUUGGAUUUGCCAAAGUGCCAGUCAAGAACGGACAGGAAGGUGGCGGUUCUUCGGAGGAGAACGCGAACGUCGCUCAAGGCGUAGGCGAUUUGAGUGUCGGUGCCACGAUUCACGCUUUGCGUAGCAUCAAAGGCGCAUCUACGAUUCCAGCGGAACAGCAAGUUCUUGGCGGCGCAGUUGAGAAUUACAGGUCCAACCUUCUGCUGAGUAUGAUCGCGUCUAAUAUGCACCUCGGUACAACCACCACUGGCCCUGAUGGUACCAAACAGCCAUCGAGUCUUCCUUCGGUCACAGAGCAGCAGAUGAUCUUGAGAAAGCUUAGCGGAGGAAGUGCUGAGGCUGAGGCUGAUAUUCAGGCUCUGGCUGAAUUCCGUCCACCGACCAUGUACUACACGACUAUCCCUCUCGUUUCUGAGAGAAGCCACAACAGACGUUGGGAUGCUUCGAAGUUGCGCGAGCUUCGCAAACGUUUGGAUAAUCUCAACAUGACCGUGGAGGAAAUCGAUCAAGUUGCUGCUGAUUUCGUAGAUGGUGAAAUUGUGGACCUUGCUUCUGACUGGCUUGGGAAUACCGUCGUGCAAAAACUCUUUGAGAAGUGCUCAGCUGGUCCAAGAGUUGCUAUGCUUGAGCGCAUUUGCCCACACUUGGCUAUGAUCGGCAUUCAUAAGAAUGGAACAUGGGCUGCUCAGAAGAUCAUCGAAUGUGUCACCAGCCCCGAUGAGGUUGCUCUCAUCGCUCAAAACCUGAGGGCUUAUGGACCCCCUCUGCUCUUGGACCAGUUCGGCAACUAUGUCGUACAAUGCUGCUUACGUUUCGGUGCUCCUGCUAAUGACUUUAUUUUCGAUGGUAUCGUCGACCGUAUGUGGGAGAUUGCUCAAGGCCGAUUUGGAGCUCGUAGUAUGAGGGCGUGUCUUGAAAGCCCGCAUAUAACGAUCAACCAACAACGUCGAGUUGCGACCGCUAUCAUACUCAACUCCAUUCCGUUGGCCACCAACCCGAACGGUGCGUUAUUGCUGACAUGGCUACUCGACACUUCUGGUUUCCCGUCACGAUAUGACCUGCUCGCCCCUCGCUUUACGCCCCAUUUGUCGCACCUUUGCACGCACAAACUCGCGUCGCUUACCGUCCUCCGCAUCGUCAAUCAGAAGAUUGAGCCUGGCGCUUCCAGCCAGAUCGUAGAGGCCCUCUUCAACUCUCCUGGCGAUCAUGUCUUGACCGACGUUCUUGGAGAUCAAGUCAACGGUGUCGCCGUCGUUCACAAGAUUUUGACCAGCCCAUUCCUCGACCCAACAGCGAGGCUAGACUACAUCGAGGCGACCAAACGCGUCCUGAUUGAGUUAAAGGUCAUCGCCACGCAAGCAUACCGGAGACUCAUUGAAGAAGUCGGGUUGCCGGUUCCCAACUUCCAGCCCACCUACAACAACACUUUGCCUCCUACAGGCAAAGUCACGAAGAACUCUUCACAAAACUUCGGAGUCCCAGGGCUUCCUUCGGGGUAUCCGUCAAAUGACCAGGGUUUCGCAUCUAUGAUGGCGGCCUUGCAGAUGGGAGGUCAGAACCCCCAAGCUGGUCAUCCCACUGCGCCCCCACUGCAUGUCGACCCUGGUUACAACCCGAACACUCAACGACGUGCAGGACAGCCUAACCCCUCUACCAAUUUUUCGCCCUCGACAGACCCGUUCAAUCCCUUUGGCAUGCGAACUCCCGAGGCGGGCAACCCUCGCCAGCUGAGCAACGUUCGCCGUAUGCCAGGUACUCCUCCCAUGGGAGUACCUAACUCACCUUAUGUCAACCAAUCGCCUAUUCACCAUGGCGCACCUCUCCCCACGAUGGGUCAGGGCCCUUACGGAGGCAUGCCCCCUCCCCCGCCGCAGUCGGUGCCUCCUCACGUUUACCAACCCUACCUGUACCAACCCUACCAGGCUCCACCUUCGAACAUGGGAUCAUAUCACGCGUAA